UCUUAUAAAUACUAGUGAUAUCAAAUCUCCUUCAUCAUGUGCAAUACAUAUGUCUUGAUAAUAAAAUAUACAUUUGAUGAGGACCAAUUUAAUUAUGGGACCCUCUAGCCUAACCCCCCACCCCACUCUCUCCUCCCUACCCCAAAAACAAAAAACCCCAACCCCACUUCAUAUCAUCAUAUGCGCCCUAGGUCCAUCAUCAUUAUAUGCUUGCUUUUUCUAUAACAAAAAUUAUAUAUAUAAUAAUCACUUAAUUAAAGCCAUUUUUCCAAGAAGAAGAAGAAAUGGAAGGAGAGAUCAACAAUUUCAUAGUGGUAUGGGCUAUUGUCUUAACAAGUUCAUAUUAUUCUCACACAAUUGUCAAAUUAUUUCCCAAUGGCAAAUCAAGAUUUGUGGCUAUUAUUCCAAUAGUUUGUCUAUUUUUCAUUCUUCCUCUUUAUCUUACCUCCACUAAUCUUGGUGGUCUUACUUCUUUCUUCAUUGCAUGGCUAGCCACUUUCAAGAUUAUCCUUUUUGCCUUUGGUAAAGGCCCUUUGUCACCAACACCACCUCUACCACUUUCAACAUUCAUUCUCUUGACUUGUUUGCCUGUAAAGUUACAAAAACAUUCACCUAGCCAUGUUGAAACCAACAAAAAGGCCAAAAAUUCAACUCUCAUUCUUGUUACCAAAAUUGCACUUCUAGCCAUUUUGAUAAGGGUGUAUAGUUAUAAAAACCAUUUACAUCCAAAAAUCAUUCUCUUUUGUUAUUGCCUCCACAUUUACUUUGCUCUAGAAAUCAUAUUGACCAUGAUUAACACUAUGGUUCGAGUUGCGAGCCGAAUCGAGCUUGAGCCUCCUUUUGAUGAGCCAUACAAGACCGGCUCGCUUCAAGAUUUCUGGGGCAGGAGGUGGAAUCUCAUGGUAACCAAUAUACUCCGUCCAACUAUCUACUACCCUAUUCGUUCAGUAUUGGCAAGACAUAUCCCAAAGAACUGGGCCCCACAUCCAGCAGUGCUCGCCACGUUCUUCGUCUCGGGGUUAAUGCAUGAGCUGAUUUUUUACUAUAUUGCAAGAGUGAAACCUAGUUGGGAACUCACAUGGUUUUUCAUCAUUCAUGGAGUUGCUUUGAGUCUUGAAAUUAUGAUUAAGAAAUUGUUAAAUAACAAAUUUUUGGUCCCUAGGUUUAUUUCUGGUCUAUUAGCAUUAGUAUUUAUAAUUUUGACAAGUUUUUGGUUGUGUUUUCCACCAUUAUUGAGGGCUAAGUUAGAUGUUAAAUUAUGUACUGAAUAUAAUGCUUUUUUUCAAUUUGUUAGGUACAGUAAACUGGUUAGUCCUACAAAUAUCACUUGUAUGUAAGACUGGUUAAUUGUUCAUAUUGAAAUAGCACAAUCUCAAAUUGUAGUUG